UUGCAAUGUAGGGGUGUGGGUUCGAUCCCUGGUCCAGGAACUCAGAUCCCACAUGCCACGUGACACAAGAAAGAUCCCUCAGGCUGAAGUACAGAUGAUGAACGUCUUCUUAAGGGCAGAACUUCAAGCCUCAACCAGAGGACGUAGGGGGAAAGAGGACGCUGACUGCCUUUGUUCUCACAGCGAGAGCUGGGCAACAACCUCACUUCCUGGAGGGCUGUGUCUCUUCUAACAAGUCCGUUCAGCAUCAGCAAGGCCACCGCUCAGCCUGAACACAGGAUCAUGUCUGUGGUUCCUCCCUCGCUGUUCUGUCUUGGGUUGUGUCUGAGCCAGAGCACUUGGGCACAGAAGGGAAAUCUCCCUCCGCCUCGUAUCACAGCUCUGCCUGGAUCCACAGUUCCAGCUAAGAGUCCUGUGACCCUCCUGUGUAAAGGACCUAAACAAGCUGAGGGGUACAAGAUAUCAAAAGUGGGAAGUCCUGAGCCCAUGGACAAAGAGGAACAGAUCACGCCAAGGAAGACCAACACUAUGCAUAUCUCAGAGAUGACAUUUGAGAAGACAGGGCUGUACCACUGCUCCUAUGAGAGAGGAGGCCUCUGGUCCCAGUUCAGUGACCCCCUGCAGCUGGUGAUGACCGGAGCUUAUGACAAGCCCUCCCUCUCCAGCGUGGCUGGCACAGUGGUGGCUCCAGGGGAGAGUGUGAAGUUGCAGUGUUUCUCCAAAAUCAACCAUGAUGUAUUUAUCCUCACCAAAGAAGAUGGAGAUCACGUCACACAGAACCAAAGCUCCGUCCCCCAGGACAGAGGACGCCAGACCAUCUUCCUCUUGAAUCCAGUCUCCUCCACACAGGUGGGGACCUACAGGUGCUACGGUGCCUUCCACGAAUAUCCCUACGUGUGGUCUCAGCCCAGUGACCCACUGCAGCUUCAGGUCCAAGGUGAGGAAGAAGCGCAGUCCACCCACCUGCUCCCCGCCCUGGGGGCUGACUCUGUGCGGUUAAAGCACUGGCUGGGGAAGAGGACCGCAAGAGGAACUACUGACUCUCCCAGCAGCACACAGCCCAGACGUUCAACUGGAAUCGGCCCUUCUACCUCUUCUCUCUCAGCGCCUACCACUUGGCAUCCUUCCGUGGAGACUUAAGUCCGCCUGAGCCUGGCUGCCCUGCUUCUCCUGGUCAUGGUCAUCCUGUUGGCUGAAGCCUGGUGCAGCCGGCGGGGGUAUCCCUCAGUGAAGUCAGAUGAGCCCCCGCCCCAGUGGACUGACAAGCACCAUUGACCCUCCGCUGGCAUCAAAGCUCUGUGCUCACCUGUGGGGGCGGCGGUUCCAGGGCCCUGGCUGGGUCACCCGUCCCAUGCAGCAGUGUACUCGCUUCCUGUCAAACCUGAAACAACAUAUCAGAGGCACCAUGGACGAGAGCAGCCCAUUGUGAAUUCUCUUUCAGUUCUAGAGAGCAGAAGUCUAAACCCUGUCCCCAGGCCUGCACUACUUGCUACUUUCCCGUUGGUGUUCUUGCCUUUUCGAGCUUCUAGACUCUGCCUGUGCUCCCUGUCGUGGAGCUCCGUCCUCCAGACCCAGGAGGGGAGCACCUCUUUCCUCUCUGACCUCUGCUUCCUUCCCGCCUUCUUGCCUCACACACCCCCACCCUCCUGCUUCCUUUUUAACGAACACUUGUGGGGACUUCCCGGUGGUCCAGUGGUUAAGAAUCUGCCCUGUGAUGCAGGGGAUGUGUGUUUGAUGCCCAGUCAGGGAACUAAGAUCCCACAGGCUGCAAAGCAGCUAAGCCUGUGAGCAGCAACCAAAUGAAUAAAUAAAUAAAAAUAAAAUUAUAUUUUAAAAAAGAACAUGGGACUACGUUGAGCCCCCCACCCCGUGACAACCUGCGAAUAGCCCCCACCCAAAGACCCUUAAUUUCACCACAUCUGCAGUGUCCCUUUUGACAUGGAGGUUCUGGGUAGCGUUGCAACACUGUAUAUAGGGGGCUGUUACUCACCCUGCCUCCUGGAGAUCACUGAGUCUGAUCUUUGAGCCAGAAAUCCUUGCUUUCAUGCACUGUCUCACAGAAGAGACUCGGAAAUAAACAUGGGGUUUUGUUUUGCUUUAAUAUUUAACUCUUUAUUGAAUUUGUUACAAUUUUGCUUCUGUUUACAUUUUGGUUUUUUGGGCCAUGAGGCAUGUUGGAUCGUAGGUCCCCGACCAGGAGUUGAACUCACAGCCCCCAUAUUGAGAGGCAAAGUCUUAACCACUGGACUGCCAGGGAAGUACUUGAGAAUAAAUGUUUUAACACUCUUUUCAAUUUAGAAGAGGACAUGAUUCAAACAGAGAUGAUACUUAAUAAAUUUUGCUUAUGUGUAA